GUCAAGACUCUCGUGUUGCGGGAUGACUGUUGAUUGUUGAGGCGUUUCUCUAAAGAUAUGAUGUACUUUGAACCUACUGAGUGGGAACUGUAGUUCGAAACGGCCGCAACGAACACAAUUGUGAUUUACGUCUCCAGCAGUCAGGCUCUUGAUUUGUAAUUGACGUCAACCGAUCAGAUACCGUUUUCGGUCACUUGGCCACGUAUCAACGAGGACGUUAACAUUCUAUAGCUAGCAUAUUGCAAAAAGGCAGGAAAAUGAUUAAUACGGGGAAGUUGGCCGGUCGGACUAUUUUUAUAACUGGAGCUUCAAGAGGUAUUGGGAAGAGUAUAGCUUUGAAAGCAGCGAAAGAUGGUGCAAAUGUUGUUAUUGCUGCAAAAACUGCCGAACCACAUCCAAAGUUACCGGGUACCAUUUAUACGGCGGCUUCUGAAA